AUGAAUGAAUGCAGUUCAACUUUCUGGACUGAUUCCACAGCCGUACUUCAAAGUAUAAGAAAUUCGAAGAAACGAUUCUCCACAUUUGUUGCUAAUCGUUUAGCAAAAAUUGAUAGAAAUACUGAUGUAUCACAGUGGCGCCAUGUUCCAACGAAGAUGAAUCCAGCUGAUGAUGCUUCGCGUGGUCUUAGAGUUGAUGCAUAUUUAAAGUCAGGACGAUGGAUCAAUGGGCCCGAGUUUUUGCGUCUUUCUGAAGACAAGUGGCCAAAGAUGCCGGACUGUUUUCCUGAUCCACCGUCUGAAUUUUGUCCAAAGCCAGUUCCAGAAAUAAAGUCGGCAUUUGUAAUAAAGGAAGAGUCUUCUGUCAUGGACAGGUUCAUAGGAUUCUUUUCUACAUUCUACCGUUUGAAGAAAGCAACUUGUUGGCUCAUACGAUUCAAGAAAUAUUUGUGUUCUCAUAAGAAGUCAAUAGACAAGCUUACUGAACUGCCAGCAAGACUGACUGUGCAGGAACUGAGCUAUGCUGAAAGAGUUAUUAUUGAAUAUGUUCAAAGACAAAGCUUUCGUGAAGAAAUGAAAUGUAUAUUAAAUGGUAAAUUUAUCAGUAAAGGUGAUUGCUCUCGCCGGAUGUUGAAACUUAAUCCUGUUCUAGAAGAUGGUUUGAUGAAAGUAGGAGGACGCUUGGAAAAUGCACCAAUUAUGCAUUCAUCAAAGCAUCCCAUCAUAUUGCCUCAUAAAUCACAUCUUACGGAUCUAGUCAUCAGGGAUCAUCACAACAAAGUUGGUCAUUCAGGUAUGGGUCAUACAUGGACCUCAUUAAGAGAAAAGUACUGGAUUAUCAAAGGUGGAGUUGCAGUAAGAAGGGUCAUCGGAAAUUGUGUUUCUUGUCGAAAGCGAAAUGCCCGCCCUGGAAAACAAUUUAUGGCAGAUCUACCUUCCUGUCGACUGAAAUCGGAUGAACCAGUGUUCAGUCAUGUUGGUGUUGAUCUAUUUGGACAUUUUCUUGUUCGACAGGGAAGGAGUGAUGUUGAAAAGAUGGGUUGUGUGUUCUCGUGUAUGACAACUCGUGCUGUUCACAUCGAGGUGGUAAAUAGUUUGUCUGCUGAUUCUUUCAUAUGUGCCACUCCGACGAUUUAUAUGCUCGAAGGGGUCAUUGUACUCACUAUAUUAUUCGGACAAUGCUGGGUAAUUUUGUAUUGGCAGAGAAAAAUACUUGAAAUUUCUUGA